UAUAAUUGCUCUGGUAUUUGCUUCAUUAACUUUUUACCUUUUUUUGUUUCAGUGAAUGAUUUAAUCAAUCUAGCCAUGCAUUAUAGUUAUAAGUCUUACUAAUUAUGUCAUUUGACUAUCGGAAUUACAUAUUCAAUUCCUUGUUCCAAUUAUUUUUUCGCCUAGUAUUCAGUUUCAGUGUCCCUUCAUUAGUUUAUGUGAUGUCUCUACUUAUUUAAAAAAAAAGUUUAUGUGAUAUCUCUAGGAUGUUUGUUGAAAUAUUUAGUUGAGGUUUGGCAAAAUGAGUAAUUGGUUCAUAAUUCAUUUGAGUGGAAACUCAAAAGAAUUAGCUUGUCCAUUUCUCGUACACUAUCACCGACAACUUUGUCUUUAUCAAUAUGUAUUGUUGUCUGAUCCAACCAAUUCAUGAAGGAACUGGUUGGUAUGUUUGAACCAUUCUAAUUUAUUUGAUUAAGAUGUUCAAUUUAAGUAGUUAGUACUGAUGGGCUUUCUUUCAAGAUGCUUUUGAAUUUAAUCAUACUGUGCUGUAUUUAUGAUGGGGAGCAUUGAGGCAUGAUUUCAGUUGGUUUGGUGCUUAGUUCAGAAUUCUUAUUGUGUGCCACUUUGACUUACACCCCUGUUUCAUUUUUCCUUCAGUUCUGCCUCAAGAAAGGAGGUACAUCAAGGAAGAAUGAGAUUGUGUUCAUUGCUCCUACUGGAGAGGAGAUCAAUAACAAAAAACAACUGGAGCAGUUCCUAAAAUCACACACUGGUAAUCCUGCAAUAUUAGAGUUUGAUUGGGGUAUUGGUGAGAUGCCUAGGAGAUAUGCAAAAAUCAGUGAAAAGGUGGUUUUGAUGUGUUGUACAGAGAAGGAAAAGCCAGAUUGGUGCUAAAACUAUGCACACUGGAGGAAACAAGAAAAUGAGACUACUUAGAUUAGAAUCUUGGAUUUUGGAAUAUUGGAUUUUGUAAUGAAUAUUUUUUUUUUGAUAAGUAAACGAUAGUAUUAAUAAGAAUAGGCAUAGCCCAAGUACACAAGGAGGUAUACAAGAGAUUGUAAUGAAUAUUAUGAGACUACUUAGAUUGUAAUAAGCUACUUUGUAAUGUUGUAUCUAAUUAGAAUGAAUAUUAUGACUCAAUAUUUUACUAGAUGA